UGUCACAAGAAGACACCCACACAUAAUAAUAAGAUAGCUUAAGCUUCUUUUCUGAGUGCUUUCUUCUUCUAUUUUGUUCGUUGUACAUUAGAAUUUCUCCUCCUUCAUUGAUUAUGUUUUUCUUGAUAUUUGCUAUCUCUAAUUCAGUUAUCUUAUAUUGCAUUGGUAUGUGUAUCUCCAUUUCUCUUUUCCUCUCUCUUUUUUCUUAUUAAUUAUUCUUACCUUUCCGUUCUUGAAAAAGACAUUAAGAAAAUUUUUCUCUGUAUUUGUUUUUUUGGAAAAUGGUGAAGGAUUAGAGGGAAUUCUGGCUUUGGAUCAAGGUUAAGGAAGUCGAAUUCUGCCUUUGAAUAUAUUAGUCUAGGUCUUGUUAAUUUGACAGUUAAUUUGGUUUAGAGAAAGGGAAUUAAUGGAACCAUUAUGUGAAUUUUGUGGGGUGGUUAGAGCAGUGGUUUAUUGCAAAUCGGACACAGCAAGGUUAUGCUUGCAUUGCGAUGGAUUUGUUCAUUCUGCAAAUUCUUUAUCACGCAGACAUCCUCGUUCUCUGCUAUGCGACAAAUGCAAUUCACAACCAGCAAUACUUCGUUGUCUGGACGAAAAAUUGUCGAUUUGUGAAAACUGUGAUUGGUCUGCAAAUGGAUGUUCAAGCUUAGGGCAUAAUGUCCAAGCAUUAAGUUGUUACACAGGAAGACCUUCUUUGGCUGAAUUUUCAAGAAUUUGGUCGUCAGUUCUUGAGGUAUCUCCUCCGAAUAGUAGUUAUGAUCCUGGUUUUGGGUCGUCUUCGCUAAUUGCUUCUUUGGAGGUAAAUGAAAAUUCUAUAUUCAGUAGUUGUUUGGAGCAAAAAGAAAAUGAAGGGUCACUUGGAUUGGUAAUUAGCAAGUUUAAUGUUGGAUUAGAAUCUUGUAUGGAGCCUUCAAUUGUUGUUCCACAAGAUCCAAACAACAUAAAUUAUUAUGGAGAUCAAACGCCUCUAUUGUCCGAGGACUCAAACAUGUCAAAGGAUUGCCCCAACUUCAAGGAUCUUGGAAUUCAGGAAGGUGAAAAUCUCUGCGAAGGUCUUAAUAUGGAUGAUGUUUCCUUAAACUUUGAAAAUGAUGAUGAAAUAUUUGAGUCUUCAGAAGAUCAAACCAAAUACCAUCUAGAGAAGGAUUACAUUUUAAUGGAAAAAAAUUUAUCCGUUACUGAAUCUAAUGGUCAUGUCGAGAACGCUACAGAGGUAUCUUCGUCGAGGCAACAAGAUUGUAUCACGUUCCAAUCACCUCCAGUUGCAGGGAUGACUGGUUUGCUUCCUCCUAUUAAUGGAAGCUCAAAUUGCUUGUUUAUGAACCCUAAUUGCAAUAUAAAUAUCAAUCUUGGAUUUCCGACUGGGGCUGGACAAGUUCGUUCCCUUUCAUUAUCUAAUAUUACCGGUGAGAGUAGUGCAGCUGAUUAUCAAGAUUGCGGAUUAUCACCGGUGUUUUUGCCCAGCAAAUCGCCAUGGGAAUUGAACUUGGAGACUUGUUCCCCACAAGCUAGGGACAAGGCUAAGAUGAGAUACAAAGAAAAGAAGAAAACACGGACAUUUGGCAAACAAAUAAGAUAUGCAUCUCGUAAAGCCAGAGCUGAUACAAGAAAACGUGUGAAAGGUAGAUUUGUUAAAGCUGGUGAAGCAUAUGAUUAUGACCCUCUUGUUACAGGGAACUAUUGAGCCGCAUAUAGCAAAAUAUUUUGCCCUUGCUUAGAACACAAGGGAGACAAUCAUAAGAUGUUGAAUGUUGGGAUUCGUCGUGGAUUGUUUUUUUGAGCUCUAAGAGCUGAUCAAAUCUGCAGCAACCUGGAAACUACGUCAAGACUAUAAAAUUAAUAUUGUUUAAGAUGAUAUUAAUUAGUACUUUUUCUUGGUAAUAUGACUUAAUUGGCUUCUUUUGAAGCUAAUAGCAUUAAUCUCACUCAAAUAAAACAAUUUGCUUCCAAAUUUAGCAAUCACUCAGUGUUCUUUUUCAUUUUAUCCACUUAAUUAGGGCAUUUGUAAAGGAUAAUUAAUCAGCUUCGGAGACAUAAAUAAUAGUGAAAGAAUCUUCAGUUUCA